CAUAGCGUUUACAAUAACACAAAACUUAUCGAGAGCGAGGAGAGCAGUGAGUCAUGGAUGGCGGUAUCGAGACGAACGAACGAACUGUCAGAAGUUCCGCUUGCGCGAAGACUGAAAAACGCACACGUUUUGUCCAAUAUUGUCUAUCUCUUUUUAACACAUGGAGAGGCGCCGAUGACUCUAACCAAAGGGGCCCUACACACACACAGUUUGACUCGAAGGCCGGCCUGCGCAGGUUUGCACACGUGCAGGUUCGAAUUGGCCACACAUUGUCACAGAAUAAAAGAAUUUCAUUCAGUUUAGUUCUGUGAAUCUGUGCUUCUGGUUCGGUUGUUUGUCUAUGUAUAUUAACAUUUUUUGACACCAUGUCGGUAACUAGUGACGACUUGUGCCUAAUGGCUGUUAUAAGUAUUAUUUGCGUGAAAAAGAAUUAAAAAAAAGAUCAAGUUCUAAAGAAGAAGACUAUUCGUUAUAAAUGGGUUAAGUCUUGGCUAAUGAAACGGUCAACUUAUUCUCACAUCAAUUUACUUGAAGAAUUAAGACUUAGCCCUGAUGACUUCCGAAAUUAUUUGCGUAUGGAUGAAGAUACCUAUGUAGAACUACUAACUAUGGUGACGCCUUUAAUUAAAAAACAAGAUUCUCGUAUGAGAAAAUCCAUCAGCCCUCAUGAAAGACUUUCUGCGACUUUAAGGUUUUUGGCCACUGGAAGAAGCUUUGAAGAUCUAAAAUAUACGGCGCUUAUAUCACCUCAAGCUUUGGGAAAAAUUAUCCCGGAAACGUGUAAAGCCAUUUGUAAAGUCCUGCAUAUACAGUACACAAAGUUUCCAAAUUCAGAAAAGGAAUGGUUGGCAAUUGCUGGUGAGUUUUUUACUAAAUGGAAUUUUCUUUGCUGUCUAGGAGCUGUCGAUGGCAAGCACGUUAAGAUAAAUUGCCCACCAAAAAGUGGUUCAUUCUUUUAUAAUUAUAAAGGAUAUUUCAGUAUAGUGUUAAUGGCAAUUGUUAAUGCUAAUUAUGAAUUCAUACUUGUUGAUAUUGGGACAAAUGGGCGCGUGUCAGAUGGAGGAGUUAUUGAAAAUACUAGGUUUUAUGAAAAAUUAAAAACUAAUGCCUUAAAAAUACCUUCACCCAUUAAAUCUUUUAAUAAUUCCGAAGAGCUACCUUUUGUGUUUAUUGGCGACGAAGCUUUUGCUCUUCUACCUAAUUUUAUGAAGCCUUUUAACAUUAAAGUUCUAGAUAAUGAGAAAAAAGUAUUCAAAUACCGUUUGUCUAGGGCACGAAAUGUCGUUGAAAACGCUUUCGGAAUAUUAGCAAGCCGUUUUCGUAUUUUCCACACAGAAAUAAACCUACAACUACAUAACAUAGAAGCAGCUAUUCUUGCAACCGUCUCUUUGCAUAAUUUUUUACGAAUAAAGCUAAAAGAUCGAUACGUGUGCCGAGAUGUUAAUAGCCUUGAUGAUGCAAUACAAAAUGAAAAAGAAAGAGUAGAUGCAUUCGGCAAUUUGCAACGUGGGCCUAAUCGAAAUGCAUGUGAAGAAGCAAAAUCAAUUCGUGAAAAGUUUUGUUCAUAUUUUAACAAAGAAGGUCAAGUAACUUGGCAACGAAAUCGUAUAUCCUAGAAAAGAUUAUUAGAUGUUAACGUAGUUAACUUUGUGAACUAUUUAUAUUUUAUCAAAAUACAUAGCAACAAAAUAAAGUACAUAAGUUUACAAAAAAUUAAACGUCUUUUCUUUUUAACAUAACAAAACUAAGUACCUUGAACACAAACCCGCACAAACCAUAACUUCUGUUUUUUUACAUCCUAAUUAUUAUAAGGAAAUUGUGAGUAAUAAUCACGAACAUUUUGACUUUGAUUCAUAUUUUGAAGAUUGGUUAAUUCCUGUGAAUCAUGCGGCGAACUUUGCUGCUGCAGGUUAUGUGUAUAAAGUGGACCUGAGGGUAGCUGAGUAUUGUAUAAGGCAAUAGAUUGCCUAUUUUCAGGUGAAAUAUUCAGACAAGAUUCUCUUCUUAGUGUGCCUAAUUGGGCUUCAAACAAAACCUCAUUAAUAAGUCUUUCGGCAUAAAUUUUCAUUGUGGACUCAAUCCUCCGCAGUUUUUCAGCAACUUUUUUUCCUAUGAUAUCAAAUUCAUCCUCAUUCCUUGAAGAUUGCAGUCUUUCACCCACCAUAGCUAGAAUUUCAUCACUUUUGUCCUCAUUGCAACUUUUUUUAUGUAGCUUGCGCUUAUUUUUUGUAG